AUGAGUGAGAAUAGUGAUGAAGGUAAAAUGCAAAAAGGAAAAGGAAAUGAGAUGAAUGAGGAUAAAAUUAUUUGUAAAAAAGAAGAAAGUAAUAGUAGUUCUUAUAAAUUUAUAAGUUUUAUAAAAACUAUUGAAGAUGUAAAGGAAAAGUGGAAAAGUAGUAAUUUGUCUAGGAUGGAUGUGUUAAAAUUAAAAAAUGAUGAUAUAAAUAAUGAUGAUAAUAUGAAUAAUAUGGAUAAUAUGAAUAAUAUGAAUAAUAUGAAUAAUAUAAACAAUAUGAACAAUAUGAAUAAUAUAAACAAUAUGAACAAUAUGAAUAAUAUAAACAAUAUGAACAAUAUGAACAAUAUGAACAAUAUGGAUAAUAUGAAUAAUAAUGAGAAACAUCCUUGUAGUAAUAAUAAUUAUUCAUUUAAUAAUUAUAUAAAAGAAAGUAUUAAUUACAAUACAUGCACGGGUUAUGAUAAAAACAAUAUUAUGUUAAACUUUUUAGAUAAGCAUAAAAAAAGUAUAUUUUUAAAAAGCAGAAAUAAUGUAAAUACAUUUCAAUCAGAUAUUAACAGCUCUAAAACGAGCAGUUUUUUUAGUUGUAUGUCGUUGAAGAAUAUGAAUUAUCAUAAUGAUAUAAAUAAAUAUAGUAAUUACCGUAUGAUGAAAAACAUUAAUGGGUUACAUAAACUUAUGAUUCUUAAAAAUAAGAAUAAAGAUAAAAAACUUUUUACGAAUACUAGUGAUAAAAAAAAUUAUUAUUGUUUAAAUAAUGGUGACCAUAUAAUAAAUGAAAAAGAUUCUUUUUCAGAUACUUAUAUUAGUUAUGGUUGUAGAAAAAGGAGAUGGAAAAAAAAAAAAAAGAAUAUAUAUAAUAUGUUAUUUUAUGAUGAAUCUAUAAAUGAUUAUCCUUAUAAGAAUCUAGAAAAAACAACUUUUAGUAAUUCUUCCAAAAUAUAUGAAUUGUUUUUUAAUAAAUAUAAAAAGAAGAAAAUAUUAAAUAUUGAAUGUAGUGGUAAUAAAUAUAAAGGAUUGUUACGAACAAACCAUUUCCCUCCCUACGCAAAUUUUAAUUUUACUAUACGAAGAAAACUACAAACAAGUAAUGUACUUGGUCAUUUUAUGAUAAGCAAAUGUAACUUUAAUAGAACAAUAUGUUAUAGAAAGUAUAUAAAAUGUGUAAAUAAAUAUAAAAAUAAUAAAAGAAAUAGAGUAAUAAAUAUGUAUGUAAAAAAAGAAAAUGUGGAUUCUAUAAAAGGUACAUUUGGAAAUAUGAAUAAUGGAGUACAUCAUAAUAAUUCACGUCGAAGGUUAAAUAAUACAUCAAAAAAUAAUAUUAGUAAUAAUAAUAAUAAUAUGUUAAAAAAGAAAAAAGGGAAAAAAAAUUAUAAGGGAUCUUUCGAUCAAAUGAUUCAAGAGGAUACUACCCUUGAUCAGGCAAAGAAAGAGUCCAUUAAGACUGUAUCUAAAAACGAAAGGAAAAAUAAUAUGAACAAACAUUCACAUGAUAAUAAAGUGAGCAAAUUAAAUAAACGUAUGAGCAACAAACGAAGGAAUAAUAAAAAUUGUAAUCCUUCAAAUGACAUGUGUAAUGAAGAUGAUGUUAUAGAAAAGAUUUGUACAACGGAAGAGGUUAAUGAUGAUGAGAAAAAAAAAAAAUUAUCACGUCAUAAAAAGUUUGUAUGUGAAAGGAAAAAGGGAGUUAUUCUUCAAAAUAAUAACAAAUGUAAAAAAAAAAAUGAUGAUAAUAUUAUUAAUAAUAAUAAUGAUGAUGUGAACAAUUGUGGUGAUAAUAUAAAUGAUCAUCAUGAUAAUAGAAAGGAUUAUGAUACAACGGAAGAUCAAAAUAAAUGUCCAAAAAUAUUGUCAAUAAAUUUUAUUAAAUGUGAUGAGAAAUUGUUUGAAAAAAUAUACAAUGAUAUGUUUUUACGAAUUGGUAAGAUUGUUACAAAUAAAAGGAAGAAAUAUUUUUUAAUAUAUAAAAUUGUAAAAGAUUCUUUUUUCCGUAUUUUAAUAUUAAAUACAGAAAAAUUAGAAAAGAACAUCUUACAGGUUAUGGCUGUUCAAGAUGUUAUAUUGUGUGAUAAGAAUGUAAAGAUUUAUAGUGAUCCCAUAUAUAUAAGAAAUAAUAAUAAGUUAUAUGCUAUAAAGUUUUUAAAGAUUUUUUCUUUAAAAUAUAUGAAGAAGGUAAAAAAUAUGAGUGAAGUGAAUUUUUCAGAUGAUGAUGAAUGUAAAAAGGAGAAUAAGGAUAAUAUCUCAGAAUCUUCUAAGAGGAGCAAUAAUAUAGGUGAAAAAAAAAUGUUGCAUGUAGAAAAAUCAGAAGAGCACGAUGAUAUGACAAGUGAUAGUAAUAAAGAGGAUACCAAAAUUGAAGAAGGAAGGAAAAAAUCGAAUGAAGUUAAUAUUGAUGUGGACGAUGGAGAGGAAGAAGAAAAUGUUAAUAAUAAUGAUAAUAAUAAUGAUAAUAAUAAUGAUAAUGAUAAUAGUAGUGAUAAUAAUAAUAAUGAUGAUGGUAGUAAUGAUACCGAAUCAUGCUCCAAAAUUAAUAAAUCUAAAUAUAAGGGUAAAGAAAAAAAAGACGUUAAAGAAAAUACUGAUGAUAAAAAUCUAAGCGACAGUAACUCUAACAACAGCAAAAAGAAAUUUAAAGUAUUAAAUAAAGCAAUUAAAAAAGAUAAUGAUAAAAAGAAGAAAUAUGAAAAAAAGAAUAUUGAGGGUAACAGUAAUAAUAAUAUGAUUCUUGUUCGUAGUAAUAGUAGUAGUACUAGUACUAGUAAUAGUAGUAGUAAAAGUAAAAGUAGUAAUUGUAGGAAUAAGAAGAAUAAUCAAAUAUCGAUUUGUUCAAAAAUGGAUGAAAAGAAUUCAGAACAAAAGAAGAAGAAUAUAAAGAAAAAAAAUAAAACGUGUAAUGAGGGGAAAAGUAAAAAGGAUUCAACAAAAUUAAAUUGUGUAAAAAAAGUGAAAAAUAAAAGUACAGAUAAAAAGAAUGGGAAAUCAAAAAUAAAUAUAAAAAAUGAAAAAAAAAAGAAAAUUAAUAAUAGUAAAAUUAAUAAAGGAAGAAAAGGUAUAAAUAAAAAGGAUAAAGGAAAAGGAGAUGAUAAUAAUUAUGUAUGUCUUAUAUAUGAUGAUGAGAAAAAGUUUUAUUUUAAUUUUAAAAAAUUUAAAGAUAUAAUAAAUGUAAUAAAAGGUUCUGAUGAAAGCACAAGAUUUUAUGUAGAUACAAAUAAUAAUAAUCAUAAUAAUAAUAUGAAGAAAAAAAUGAAAUUAUUUAAAAAGGUUGAAAAGUCUUUAUAUUUAGAAAAUUUAGAUAUUGAUACAGAUGAAAUAUUAUUUAGAAGACCAAAAUUUUUUAAUUGUAUUAUUGAAGAAUCUUUUGAAAAUUAUGAUAUUAACUAUGAAGGUGAAGAUGGUAAUUUUUAUGUUUUUAAAAACAAAUUAAAUAAAAUAAGAAAGAAAGUAACUAUUAAAAAUGAAACGGAUAGUUCUGAUAUGUAUAUAGAAUUAAAAGAUGAAGAGAAGGGAUUUAAAUAUAUAGGUUAUCGUGUGAGUUUUGAAUUAAAAAAAGAUAAUAAGAAAAAAGCACAAGUAAAAGUUGGUAUUAUAAAAUAUUAUUCUCCUAAGUAUAAACAAUUUUUUAUACAUCAUUUGGAAAAUUACAAAUUAUAUCAAACAAGUGAUUUGAGCAAAGGUAAUAAUAAUAAUAAUAAUAAUAAUAUGAAAGAGAAUGGAUUUGUCAAAUGUGGGAGGAAUUCAUAUAGUCGUGCGUGUAGUAAAUCAUUAAAUUCGAGUAUAUAUAUAAAUAAAUAUAAAAAUGUUGAAUUAAAUGAAAAGAUAACUAAUAUAAUUGAUGAUGAUAAUAAUAAUAAUAUUAAUAGUAGUUGUAUUUAUAAAAACAAUUUAAGUAAUGAAAAUAAUUUAUGUGCUGAUAAAGUCUUAUGUGAUGGUAAUUAUAACAUGUUGGAAAAUGAUGUUGAUGAAAUGAAUAAUGUGGAUCAAAAUCAGAAAAAAAGAAAUGACCUUGUUUUUUCUGAUGUAAAAGGAUGGUAUUCACCAUAUUUUUAUAAUAUUAAGAUAUUAAAUAAUUAUAAAGAAUUUGAAAGAUUCGACAUUUUAGAAAAGUGUGAUAAGAAAAAAGAAAUGACUGAUCAUGUUAAUAAUACUUUAAAUAAAAAUGAAAUAUGUAGUAUUUGUUCAAAACGAAUUUUAUUUAUGAAAGGUCAUGAUCAUUAUAGUUGUAGUUUAUCAAGUGCUAUAUAUGACAUGUGUUCAGAAGCAGAAAAAAAAGAAAUCGAUGAAAAUAAUUGUAUAGAUAUAUAUUGGGGUAUAAAAUGUUUUACAUGUGAAAAGAAAUAUCAUGCAAAUUGUUUAGAAGAUGAUGUAUUAAUUACGAAAUGGUUUGAUAAAAAUAUUUUGAUGAAGGAAUAUAAAAAAUUUAUAUACAAGAAUAGUUUGAAGAAAGAAAAGAGAUAUUUUAAUAACAAUGGGAAAAAUAAGCGUACCAAGAAUGGAAAGAAGAAAAAAAAUACAAUUCACAAAUUGGAAGAUAAAAAUAAUUCUCAUGUGGUUAGUACAGCUAGUAAUUCUCAUUCGAUAGAAGUGUCUUCUAGCGAAUCUGCGAAAAAAGGAAAUGAAAAAAAUACAGCAACUUGUAAGAAGCGUAAAACGAGUUGUUCAGCAUUGUAUAAAAAGGUGAAAAAGGGAAAGAAUAAAAAUGGUGAGAAUAAAAAUGGUGAGAAUAAAAAUGGUGAUAUUAAAAAUGAUGAUAUUAAAAAUGAUGAUAUUAAAAAUGAUGAUAUUAGAAAUGAUGAUGACAAAAAUGAUGAGAAUGAAGAAAAUACAAAGGAAUGUAAAAAUGAAUCGAACAAUAUCGAUAAUAACAAUAGUAGCAAUGAUAGUUUGAGUGAUGUAGAUAAUAAUAAAGAUAAUGGUAAAAGUAAAAACAAGAAAUAUCGAAGAUGUAUAAAUUAUAUACCAUCGGUUGAACAUAGUGAUAUUACUUAUAAGAAAUUUAUUUGUAAAGAUUGUUAUCGUUGUAUAUAUUGUUGUGAAAGUAUUUAUGAUUAUAAACAGACACCGAAUGUAGCUAAUUAUGUAAUAUGUAAGAAUUGUAAUAUGGUAGCUCAUGGUUCAUGUUGUUUUCCAAAUGUUCCUGAUAUAUAUUUAUUUAAUUGGAAAUGUGAUGAUUGUUUAAAAUGUAAUAAAUGUAAUUACUCUAAUUUAUGUUAUAUUAAUUAUAAUGAAUGGGAAUUACAUUUAGAUUGUUGUAUUAAUUGUUAUAAAGAAUAUGAGAAGAAAAAUUUUUGUAUAAUGUGUAAUGAGAAAUAUGAUGAAGAUGAUAGUAAAAAAUGGGUUCAAUGUGAUGUAUGUAAAUUUUGGAUUCAUUUAAGUUGUGAUAAAAAUGAAAGUCGAAAUAUUGAAACGUUGUCUAAUAAGAAUAUUGAUUAUAAAUGUCCAACAUGUAGUAUAGGUACAUUUCAUGAUAAAAUUGAGCGUAUAUUAUAUUUAUUAUUUUUAUUAGAUAAAUAUAAGAAUUUCACAUUUCAUGUUCCAAUUAAUUAUUCUAUAUACUGGAGGAUUGUGAAGAUACCUAUGAAUUUAUAUAUAAUGAAAAAAAAAAUAUGGGAAAAAAAAUAUGAUACCAUAUUAGAUUUUUUAUAUGAUUUUAUGUUAAUUAUACAUAAUGCAAAAAUGGUCCAUAUGCCUAAUACUCCAAUAUAUAAAAAUGCGUGUAUUUUUGAGAAAAAGGGUAGGGUUAUAAUAAAAAAUAUGUUUAAUAUGACGAAUGAGUAUUUGAAUAAAUGUAUUGAAGAUUGUGUCGAGAAUUAUAAAAAUGAAAUUAAUAAUUUGGAUUCUUUUCAAAUUGGUCACGAUAAUAAUAAUAAUAAUGAUAAUAAUAUUAAUAAUAAUAACAAAAUGGAAGGUGUAAAUAAUGAGAGUGUCAUAUUUAUGAAUGAUGGGUGUAAUAAUAAAUUGUAUAACAAAGAAGGAACAAAUAUGACAUGUGUAAAUAUGGAUAGUAUAAAUAAAAAUUUAAAUGACAUGAACAAUAAUAAUAAUAAUAAUAAUAAAAUGGAAGUUUUUUGUGGGCAAAAUAAUAUAAAAUUAAAUGAGUAUUAUAUAAAUAAAGAAGGAUAUAAUAUAAUUUCAAAUGAUAAUAAUAUGAACUAUGAUAAUUAUAACAAUGUUCAGAAUAUUGGAAUGAAAAAAAUGUAUACAAAUAUAAAUGAUUAUAAUUCUUCAAAUGUACCAAAUGAAUCCGUAUAUAAUAAAGAGAAUUUUAUAAAUAACUCAAGUAUAUAUAAUAUAAAUGAAAAUAAUACGUAUGAUUUAAAUUGUGAUAAGAAAUUAAUAUUUGAUAAUAAAUAUAAUUUAUCAGCAUAUCAAAAUGAAGGAGAUAUAAUGAAUUAUAAUGGUAUGUAUCAAAAGAAUAUAAAUAUAUCUAAUCCACCAUAUAAUAAUAAUAAUAAUAAUAAUAAUAAUAUGGUUAAAGAAGGAGAAAAAUAUAUAUUAAAUAAUGAUGAUAUGAAUAAUAUUAGUAUUUCAAAAGAUAAUGAUAUAAAUAAUAAUUGUAAUAAUAUUGCGAAUAUUUAUAGAAAGCGUAAACUAGAACAAUAUAAAAAGGAUAUUACACAAUAUGAAUUAUAUGAAUUAUUUGAUUUUAAAAAUGAUUCAUUUUUUAUUAAUAGGAAUAAGGAAAUGUUUUCUUGUUCUUCAAAUGAUCAUAAUUUAAUUGAUUAUAAUAUCUUAUAUGUAAAGUUGAAUGGUAAAAUAUAUUUUAAUACAUUUUAUGAUAAGCAUGAUGAAUUUGAUGUAUGCAAAAUACUCAAAGUUCAUUUUUUGAAAAAUAACAGGAGAGGUGGUGGCAACCAUAUUAUGUGCCCUAAGAUACGAAAUAAUCAGAAUUUAAAAGAGGAUGUUACACAAUGUGAUGAGGAGAAAAUAGAACAGAAUAAUGAUAAUGGCUGUGAUGAUGAAUAUGACAAUAAUAAUAAUAAUAAUAAUAAUAUUGGUAGUAGUAGUAUUAGUAGUAUUAAUAAGAUACAUAUGAAUGAUACUUAUAAUAAUUCUAUUAACGAUAAUUCACUUAGGCAUAAUAAUAAUUGUAGUGUAUUUAUAAAUAGUAACAUAUUUAUGAUUGAUGUGUUAAAUGAAAAGGUAAAAAUUAAUAAUAUUGUUAAAGAAACAAAACGAAUUAUAAGUCCUAUUAAUAAUGUUUUAAAAUUUUUAAAAUGUAUACAAAUAGUUUUUUUUUAUGAUAAUAAUACGAAUGAAUGUACUGAAAAAGAAAAGAAUGUAAUAUCAUCUAAUUUGUGUAAUAAUAAUUUUGAAAAGUAUGUAAACAUAAAUAGUAUUGAUCAUAAUAAUAUGAGUGGAGAAAAGAAAAGGAAAAGUGUUGAAGAAAUUAUGUCAGUUGUAGAUAAUAAAAGUUACUAUGGAUUUAAUAAAUGUUCAGAAUAUAUAUUAUAUUCUUCAAAUGAAUAUGAUAGAGCUAAAAAGAAAGAGAAUAAAAGAAUAAAAUUAUUAAAGAAUGAUAUAUUAAAAGAAUGUUGUUAUAUAUGUGGAUCUAUAGAAUAUAAAAAUAAUUUUAUUUAUUGUUGUAUUUGUGGUAUAUCAGUACAUUAUUCAUGUGCCAAUAUUGUGCAUCCAUUUUUAUUUAAUUUGAAUGAUUAUAAAGAUCAUAAAAAAGAAAUAAAUAAUAUUUUAAAUAUUAUUACAAGAAAUUUUAAAUGUGAUAAUUGUAUAAAGUGUGAUAAUUGUUUAUUACAUUUUGAUUCAUCCUUGAAACAUAAUUUGUAUUUUAAAUUAAAAAACUUGAACGUUUCUUGUAAUAACAAUAGGAUGGAGAGAAGAACAUAUAAUUAUCUUUAUGAUGUAAAAAUAAAAGUUUUUACUACAAAUAAGGAAGGUACUAAGCAAACAGGGAAAUGUGUAAUGAAGACAAAGGAAAACGAUAUUAUAAAAUUGGACGAAGACAAUAAACAGAAGGAUGAACUGAAUGAAGCGAAUAAGGAAUGUUUUUAUAAACAAGAUGAUGUUCAUGUUGAAAAAAAUUGUGAUGAAUUAUUAUAUAAAAAUAGUUUUAAUUCUGAAGAGUGUAAUAAGAAUGAAAAAAAAAAAAAUGAUAAUAAUGUUGACGAGAAUGAUGAUAAUGUUGACAAGAAUGAUGAUAAUAAUAAUAAUAAUAACAAUGGUGAUGAUAAUAACAAUAUUGACAACACUUUAGUUGAUGGUGACAUGAACAAAUUAGAAAAUGAUCUAAACAACUCAAAUGAUUUUUCAAUAAAUGAAGAAAAAAAAAAUAACAAAGAUACCAAAAAAUAUAUGAUAAGUAGUAAGGAGGAAAUAAAUAAAGAAAUAGAAAACGUCAGUAAUCAAAUGGAUAAUAAAAAUAAUGAUGUAGAUAAAAAAAAAAACAUUUCGAAUGAAGAAAUAAUUUUAGAUAAUACCAAAAAUAGUUGUCAUGAUAACGACUCUAAUGUUUUAUAUAAUGAGUCAGUCAAAAAAUCUUUUAAUGCUUGUAAGAUAGAAAAAAAAGAAGGUAUUGAAAAAGAUGAUAACUUAGGACAUGUGAAUAAGUUAAGAAAUAAAAGAUUAAUAAAGAUUUUAAGUAUACGUGAGGAAGGAAAUAAAUUAGUAAAAUGCUUUUGUUGUGGAAAACCAUCACAUGAUGAAUGUUUUUAUAUAAUUGAUAAUAAUACAUAUAAAAAUAAAAUAUGUACAUUAAAAAAAACAGUUAAGAAUUAUGUAAGAAAAAAGAAUGUGGAAAAUAAAUGUAAUACGAAAGUAGAAAUGAAUUCAGAUGUAAUAUUAUUAGAUGAUAAUAUAAAGGAUCAUUGUAGUGUGAACAAAACCGGUGAUGAACAUAUGAACAAUAAUGAAUUUAUUGAUAUUUCAAAGGAUAAAAUUUCUGAACAUAAUAUUUUAGAUGAAUCAUUUAAUAGUGGCGUGGUAUGUAGUGAUAAGAACAGGAAAGAUCAAGUUGUUUUUAUAGAUGGAGAUGUUAAAAAUAAUGACAUUUCAAUUAUUGAAGAGAAUGUAACGUAUUAUACUUCAAAGGAGGUUAAUAAUAAUAGUGUAUUGAAAAAUGAGAGGGAUGUUGAAAGUACAAGUGAGUUAUAUAUAGGAGGGGACAAGCAUGUAUACAAUAAAUUGGAAACAGAUAAUGCAGAAAUGGAGAGCAACAAUAAUAAUAAUAAUAAUAAUAAUAAUAGCGAUUGUAAUAAUAAUGUGAGUACUCUAAGUACUGCUGCCGUUAAUACUAUAAACAGAAGUCAUAUGAGCCCCCAGAAGAAUGAUAAUGAUAUGAAUAAAAUAAAUCAAGAUGAUAUUAUUCAUACAAAGAUGAAUGAUAAGAAGAACGUAAAAGAUGAUAAUGGAAAUAUGACGAAUCUUAAUAAUAAUAUUGAUAAGAAUGAUCGUAAUUUAGAUACCAUUUUAAAAGAACAUUCUGUUAUUAUGCAGAAAUUAGAUGAGCUUAAAGAAAACAGAAAUAAAGAACAUGAUGGUGAGUUUUAUAACAAUCUUAUUUUAAAUAAUCAGUUUCUUAUUCAUUCUUUUAAAGUAGAAGAGGGUGUUGAAAUAAAUAAAGAUAGUAUUAUUAUAAAUAAGAAAAUGUUUAAUAAAUAUAUAUUAAAUAAAAUAUAUGAAUUAUUAGAUAAUAAGAAAAGAGUACGAAUAAAAGAUUUAUUCAAUUUAUUUAAUUUAGAUGAAUUUCGUUGUAGUUUUAUUUUAUAUGAAGUUUUAAAUGCUUUGAAUACUUAUUUGAAUGAAAAAUUAAAAGAAUAUAAUUUAACAAAGAUUCGAAAUGGUACUUAUAAAAAAUAUGAAAAUGAGAUAAGGAAUGAAAAUUUUUGUUUAUUUAAUAAAUAUUUAAUAGUAAAUAAUCGAGAUAAAAUUAAUAUUACAAAAGUUGUAUUAAAAAUACAAUCUUUGAUUACUGAGAUUUUGUCCGAUGCUAUGAAUGGAAAUAUAGUAGAUGAAAAAGAUAAGAGUAAAAAAAAAGAAUCCAUAUCAUCAGAUUUUAAUGUAGUAAAUAAUGUAAAGGAAUAUAAUAUACAGAAUGGAUGUAUUAAUAUAGAUAUAAAUAAUUAUUUUAAAGGUGAGUAUAUUAAUUUCAAACCUAUUCUUUGUAGUUCUCAAUUUAAUUUGGAUACGAAUGCGCAAAUUUUUUUACAAAAUAAGGCAAACUUAUCUAUGUUUCAAAAAAGUGCAUCAUAUAAUAAUAAUUUUGAAAAUAAUUUAGAAAAUAAUUUUGUGAAUAAUAAAAUGAACAAUAUGAACAAUAUGAAAAAUAAUAUGAAUAAUAUGAACAAUAUUAUGAACAAUAUUAUGAACAAUAAUAUGAACAAUAUUAUGAACAAUAUUAUGAACAAUAAUAUGAACAAUAUUAUAAAUAACAAUAACAUAUUUAAUAAUGAUGUAUCAAAUAAUGUAGAUAUGCAACACAAGAGUGAUCAGAUUUGUAUAUUCAAUUCAAAUAAUAUCCACAGUGUACCAAUAUUUAAUAAUAAACCUUAUAUGGAUAAUAAUUUUAAUAAUAUGGUACUUGUAAAUAAAUCAAAUGAUAUAAAUGGUGAUGAUAUCUUAUGUAAUAUGAAGAAUUUAUAUAAUAAAAGUGUGUGUAAUAAACAAGAAAAGAAUGGUUAUUCUGUUGUUCAUAAAAAUAUAUGUGAUGUUAAUUUUCCUUAUAAUGAUACAAAAAUAUGGAAUGGUGAUAUUACAAAUAAAAGUAAAACAUAUACGUAUACUAAUAUAAAUAAUAAUGGUAGUGUAAUUGAUUAUAGAAAAUGGUCUUCUGUUAAUAGAUCUGUUAGUAUGAAUAAUAUGAAUUGUAUUAGGAGUAAUACUAAUCCUAGGAUUUUAUCAGGUACUGAUCAUAUAUUAAAAAAUAAUCAUAUGAAUAAAAGAAACAAUGUGAAUAAUACAUAUGGUGUAAAUAAUGUGAAUAAUGUGAAUAAUGUGAAUAAUACAAAUAAUGUGUCAUGUUUUAUGAUGAGAAGAAAAAUCCGAAGUAAUAGUUUACAUGAUAUGAAUGAUAAAAUGAAUAAAAUGAAUGAUAACAUUAAUAUAAAUAUAAAUAAUCUCAAUAUUAUUAAUAAUAAUAUUAACAUAUGUAAUAUGAACUAUCCUAUUGAUCGUGUUGAUUCUAUGAAUAAUACUUUCAAUAGAAAUAAUAUUAUAAUUUCACAAAAUACAAAGGAAAACACAAAUAUUUUAAACUUUAAUGGAAAUGAUUUUUGUAAUAAUAAUAAUAAUAAUAAUAAUAUUAUUAAUAAGGAAAAUAAUUUUGGUACCUCCAAUUUUAAUAGUCCCUUUCAUGUGGGUAAUUUAGCAAAAUCGUAUAGUUAUAAUAAUACAAUGAGCGAGAAAAAUAUGAAUGAAGUGAUAUGUCCGAAUGUACGAAACAAUAUGAGCAAUAUGAACAAUAUGAACAAUAUGAACAAUAUGAACAAUAUGAACAAUAUGAACAAUAUGAACAAUAUGAACAAUAUGGACAGUAUUAAUAAUGUUAUAUCUUAUAGUUGUACGAACCCUAAUAUGAAGGAUAUAAAUUUUAAUAGUAUGAGGAGAAGUAGUAGUACCCCUAAAAAAAGUACUGGCUUGUUAAAAAAUUAUUUUAAUAUAGAUAUUGAUCAAUAUAAUAAAACAAACUCACAUAUAAUGAAUUAUAACGUAUCAAUAAAUAAUGAUAUGAAUAAUGUAUAUAUUAACAAUAAUAAUAAUCACAAUAAUAAUAAUAAUAAUAGUUGUAACAAUUUUAUUAAUAAUGAUGUGAUUAAUAUGAAUAAUGUUGGAACCUUUUAUAAUUUUAACCAAAAUGCUGAAAGUUAUAAUAACAUAAGUAAUAAUAUUAAAUGUUCUAAUAUAAAUAAUAUUAUUAUUAAUAAUAAUAUGAAUGUCAAUAAUUUAAAUUAUUUUUGUAAUAAUAAAGAAGUUGGAUUUAAAGAAAAUGAUUUGAAUAUAAAUCAAAAAGUACAUACUAUAAAUAAAGAUCCGUAUGAAAUGAAUCAUUCUAAAAUGUAUGUGACAUUUCCAUAUUGUAAUACAAAGGAUAAUAAUUCUAAUAAAUCUUCAUUGAAAAGUAAUGUAUUAAGGUUAGAUAAGAUACGAAACAGGAAUAUAAAGAAACCAUUAUUAUAUAAUAGAAGUAGUAGUAUGCAUUCUUCUGAUAAUCUUAUAUAUAAUGUUCAUAAUAAUAAUAGAAAUAGUCCUGCGGAAUUUACAUCUGAUAUUAUAAUUAAUAAAGAAAGAAAUAUGGAAAAUAAUUAUAAUACAUCAAUAAAUUAUGUAAAUAACAAUAUAACAAAUAAUAUUAUAGUAGCUAAUAAUAAUUGUUAUCAUACAGCAAAUAAUUUUAUUCAAAUCAAUUAUAGCCCUUCAUCAUCGAAUAUAGUAAAUAUUAAUAAAGAUAGUUAUAAAUAUGAUAUAUCAUUAGAAAAUUGUAUUGAUUUGGGUAGUACAAAUACCUGUAUGUAUAAUUUGAAUAAUAUACAUAAUAAGGAUAUAAAUAAUAUGCCUCUUGAAGACUGUUUCUCCCAUAUUGGAAGUUGCCCGAACGAACAAAAUGAACAUGAGGAUGAAAUCAAUGAGGAUAAUAAAAAAGACGUAACAAAACAACAAAAAAAAAGAAAAUUAAAUAGUGUAUCUAAGAAGGAUAUGUUAAUCAAAAAAGAAAUGAAUGCUGACGACAACAUAAAUUGUAAGGAAAACACCUUACAAAAUGAAAGUCCAAAAAAGGAUGACGAGCUAAGAGAAAAUGAUCUUAAAACAACAACAGAGAAUAUAAAAUCAAAUGAAGUGGAAGAUAAAGAAUUUGUGGAUAAAAAAAAAAAAAGAAAAUUAAGUGUUAAGGUUAAGGUUAAUGUUAAUGUUAAGGUGGAACUGCAGGAUACGGAAAAUGACGAGAAUAAAGAAAAAGGAAUAAAAAAAGAAAAAAAUGAUGAAGAAAAAAAAAAUGAUGCAGAAAAAAAAAAGAAGGAAAAUAAAAAGGGUAGAGAAAAAAGUGUAAAGGUAAGAAAGACGAAAAAUCAAACACAAGUAGAAAGAGAGAAUGAAAAAGAAAAUUUAAUGGAGAAUGUAACAAAUGACAAAACAAGUGAUAUAAUUAAUAACAAAACAAGUGAUAUAAUUAAUAACAAAACGAGUGAUAUAAUUAAUAACAAAACGAGUGAUAUAAUUAAUAACAAAACGAGUGAUAUAAUUAAUAACAAAACAAGUGAUAUAAUUAAUAACAAAACAAGUGAUAUAAUUAAUGACAAAACAAAUGAUAUAAUUAAUAACAAAACAAGUGAUUGUUUAUCCUUAGUUCAAAAUAACAAGCCUGUUAUUCAUAUUGACUGCAAUACAUCCUUGGAUAUAACAGAUGGAUAUAAUAAUUUAAUUAGUUGUGAAGGAAGAAAAAAAGGAAAAUAUAAUAUUGAAGAAAAUAAUAUAAAUGAUGAUAACAUGUUUCAAUAUUCAGACGCAUUUGAUUCUGAAGGAAGCAUAAAAUAUAAAGAGGAAUAUGAUAAAAUAUAUAUACCAAACAAUAAAAAUAAAAUUAAUAAUAUAAAUAAUUUUUUAAUAAAAAACAAUUUGCUGUUGAAAUCCAAAUUUAUGAGAAUAACUCCUAAUACCUAUUUAUGUCGUAAUUGUGUCCUGUUAUAUCAAAAUGAUUUUUCGUAUAAUACAUAUGAAGAAGAAAUUAAUAAAAUGGAAAGAAGUAUUUUGAAUGAAUAUGAAAAGGGUGUUAUAAAAAAGAAUGAAUAUGUUCAUGAUGCAAUUCAGAAUGACAAGGUGGUAAAUACCGAUGAAAAUAUUAUGACGAAUGUUUUAGCAGAUAAAGUUGAUGAUAUGAAGAUUGUUGAAAAGUUGAAUUGCCCAUUGAAUGUGGAAGAAAAAGGGAUUGAAGAAAAUAUACUUUAUGUAAAAAGAGAAGGAGAUGAACUAAUUAAUUAUGGAAAACAUAAUGACCAAAUGAAAGAAGAAGAGGAAUCAGAAGUGGUGUUAGGUGAUGUCGAUUUUUUGAAAAACGAAAAGAAAGAUAAUCUUAUUUUACCAUAUGAUGAAAAAUACACAGGAGUAAAUAAUAAUAAUUCUUCUAUUAUUAUGUCAUUAAAAAAAUGUGAUAAAAAUAUAACAAAAAAAAAAGGUAAAGAUAAAAAUUUCAAUAAUAUAAAGUAUUUCAAAAUUGAUAAUAAUAAAUCCUUGUGGUACGAAAACUAUAUGUAUUGGAUGAAUAAAAUAUCAUUAUAUAAUAACUUAUUUUUUACAAAUAUGUAUUAUAAAGAGAAUGUAAUUAAAUGCAUAGAUAUGAAUAAUUUAUUUUUGAAUAAAAUGAAUAUAUAUAAAUGUUCUAUUUGUUGUAUGCUUUAUCAUUGUAGUAACAUGGAUAGGAAUAAUUUCUUUAUUAAGAAUGAAGAUAAGAUGAGAAAAAAAACGAAAAAGAAUGAUUGUUUGAAAUUAUUAUAUAUUUGUAAUUUGUGUACUAUAAAAUAUGAUUAUGUUUUGAAGAUAAUAACAUAUAAAGAAAAUAAUAAAUGUUGGAAUGAAUUUUAUACAGAUAAUUAUUAUAAAAAUAAUUUCUAUGAACUUGUAUAUUUUAUUAUUAAAAUAAUAUAUAAGAAUAUAUAUAUAAAUAAUUUUUUUAAUAUAUUUUGUUCCAUAAUGGAUAAUAUAUUUAAAGAACAUAAAACACUGAAUAUGAAAUUGUUGAGUCUUUUCCUUUUUUCAAAUAAAUAUUUUAAGUAUGAAGAAUUUUAUCAUUUUUUUAAUAACAAAAUGAAGAAGGAUGAUAGAGUAUUUAAAAAAACAUUUCAUAUGAAAAAUGUAUGUUUUAUGCCUAGAUAUUCGAAGAAAAGUAUUAUGUAUUAUAUAUUCAGUUUGUUUUGUAAUAAAAUAUAUAAUAUAAACAAGAAAAAAAAAUGUAUACAUAACAAACGAAGCUAUAUACAUAACAAACAAAGCUAUAUACAUAACAAACGAACAGAUGUAAUGUAUGAUAAUAAUGUAUAUUUCCAUCUGUAUGAAUUAGCUAGAAAAAAGUUAUAUGAUUAUUCAGAGAAAAGUCAAAAACCAUUUGAUGAAAUAAUAAAUAUGUGUUUAUAUCUCCUAUAUUUAUAUUAUCUAUGUAAUGUGCUAUAUAAAUGUGUAAGGAUUAAUAACGUUUUAAAAGGGGACAAGGAUAAGGGUGACAUUUUAUGUGAUAAUAAAAAAAUGAAGUAUUAUAAGAAGAGAAAGAAUAUUAAAUUGUUCUUAAAUAUAAUUAAUUCGAAUGAAUAUAUAAAUGUAAAUAAAAUAUUUCAUGGGAAAUGUAUAUAUGAGUUGCCAUUUUAUGUAAAUAAAGAAAGAAUAAAGAAAAAAAGGAAUAGUGUAAGGGAAUUUAUUAAUAAUAAUGAUAAUAAUCAAGAAAACAAUGCUGAUAAAAAAAAGGAUCAUCAUAUAUAUAAUCAGAAUUAUAACCACAAUUCUUAUUUGUGUGAUAUUGGAAAAGUGGAUGAAUCAUUACAUAGUAAAGAGGAUAAUAAAAAAGAUGUUAUAAUUACUAACAAUGCAAGUAUUGAUAGUACGAGUCCUAGUAUAAAUAUGAACAAAAGUGUUGUUAGUAGUAUUUAUUCAUAUAAUAGUAAUAAAGAGAAGAAAAAAAAUAUGAGAAAAUGUAUAAAAGGGUUACACCAUACAAUUAAGAACAAAUUAAAUUUAUAUGUUAAAUUAAUGCUUGAUAAAUAUAUCCAAGAGAGUUCUAAUUAUAUAAAAAAUGAAAAUAAAGAUAUAAAGAAAACUAUUGAAAGUAAAAAUAAGGACGACAAAAUAUGUCUCCUGUGUAAUUUUAGUAAUUAUAUAUAUAAAGGAAGACUUAUACCUUUUUAUGAUAUAUAUAUACACAGUGAAUGUUUGAAGUGGAGUUUAAAUUGUACUCAAUGUUGUUAUGAAGAAAAUAAAAAUAAAACAAUUGUUAAUAAUGAUAAUGGUACCAAGGUGGACGUCAAUCUUGAUAAUGCAGAUGAUAUUAUUAAUAAUAAUAAUAUGAAUAUGUUAGAUAAUAAUAUGAAUGGUCCAAUAAAAAAUAACGAGGAAAACAACAACAAUAAUGAUAAUAACAAUAAUAAUAAUAAUAAUAAUAAUAAUAACAAUAAUAAUAAUAACAAUAAUAAUAACAAUAAUAAUAAUAAUAAUAAUAAUAAUAAUAAUAAUAAUAAUAAUAAUAAUAAUAAUAACAAUAAUAAUAAUAAUAAGAGUAAGAAGAAUACACAAAAAAAAAAGGACCAUGUGAACGAUGUGAAAAUCAAUCAAAACAAUUCAAAUAAUAAAAAUAAUAAGAAAAAAAAAACAAGUAAAGAUAAUGAAGAAUUAAAGAGUGAUAAUACAAAGAAUAAUAAAACAAAAGAUUCAGAUGGAAAUAAUAAUGAUAAAACAAAAUUGGAAAAAAUCAAUUUAAUUCAUAAUAAACAGAGUAAUGAAAUAAGUUGUAAAAUAGACAAUAAUAAUAUAAUAAAUGAUAUUUCAACAAAUAAUCCUUAUAUGAAAGAAAAAAAAUGUAAAAAUAAAGAAAAGAAUAGAGGUUCUAAGAAUAAUAAUAUAAAGAAUAUCAAAUUAAUAGAUAUGUGUGAAUGGAAAGAAGAUCGAAAUUUUUAUAAUAUAUAUGAAAAUAUGAUAGAAGUAGAUGAAGAUAAUGUUAAAGAAAUUAUAUUUGAUUCUAUAAAAUCAACUUGUUUUUUAUGUGGUUAUAAUAAUGCAAGUGUUUAUUGUAGUAAUGAAGAUUGUAAUGUUAAAUUUCAUUUGAACUGUGCAUUUUAUUCUACUGUUAUUAAGGAUCCUAGUAAUAACCCUUUUUUUAGAUAUUUAAAAUGUUUUAAUUUAGUUGAAUUUAAUAAGGAUACAAUAUUUUAUAAAAAUAUGUAUCAUGAUCCUAAUGUAAAUAAUUCUGUAUCAUCUCAUGUGUGUACAGAUAAUAGAUAUUAUAAAGAAAUGAUCGAAAAGAAUUAUGUUGACAUUUUCCCUGUUCAUAUUAUAUAUAAAAUUAAAAAAAUAUGGUGUAAUAAAUGUUGGAACAAGAAAAAGAUAUACAAUUUGUUUUAUAUACAAAAAUGUUUUAUGUCUCCAUAUUAUUAUGAUAAUAUAAAAACUGAAGAAAGUGUACCUAACAAAAUAACACCUAUGAAGAAGGAUAAGAGUGAUAUAACGAAUGAGGUAAAAGAAGAGAAGGAUGACGAUAUAUUAUAUGAUUCUAAGGUUCAUAAGGAAUAUUUUACUUUAAGAAAUAUAUUAAUGGAUGAUAAUUUAUUGAACAACAUUAUAAGAAAUAAGAAGAGCUGUAGUAUGGAAAUACAAGAAAAUAAUGAUAAGAUGAAAGGAGACAAUAAUAUUGAUAAUGAAGAUGUACGAAACGUUUUAUGUGACGGUGAAGAAAGGGUGUCAUAUAAUAGAAAUAAAUUAAAUGAUAUAUUAUUAAAAAUGGAUAUGAAAGAUAUACUUAAAUAUUUUAUAGAUUUUUAUUUUGAAAAUGGAUCAUACUACAUAUUAGAUAAUAUAUUAUAUAGUGUAAAUCACUGUGUAAAAAUAAAGUACAAAAAGAAAUCUUUAUAUAACAUACAAGAUGUAUUAAAUAAAGAAACGAAAAUUGGAACGAUGAUGAGAGAAUUAGAAGGUUUGAUUAGUAAAUAUGUGAAUCGAAGUAAUGAUAAUAAUUAUAUGGAUAGAAAAUAUGAUAUGUUACUAUUGAAAAAUAUAAAAAGUGACAUAAAUAAUGAUAAUAAUAAUGAUAUUAAUAAUAAUGAUAAUAAUAAUAAUGAAAAUAAUAAUGAAAAUAUUAAUGAUAAUAAUAAUAACAAUAACAAUAACAAUAAUAACAAUAACAAUAACAAUAGUAAUAAUAAUAAUAAUAAUAAUUAUUAUUAUUAUCAUAAUAAUGAGGGGAAAUAUAAUGAACAAGGGAGUUACCAACAUAUAGAUAUACAAAAUAUUAUUAACGAUAAAAGUGUAGAAAAUCUUAUCAAAGGUUAUUUUAUUUUAAAAAAUUUUCUUCAUAUAGGUAAUAACAAUAUAACAUUACAAAAUGAAGAUCUUUUAAUUUUAAAAAAAAGUGAGAAUUCUUUUGUUCAUAAUUUAUAUGAUAAUGAUAAGGUGUAUAAUGUGCAUGUUCCAUAUGUGUAUACGAAAAAAAUGAAUACUAGUUAUAUGAAUAAAAAAGAGAAUGAUAAGAAGUAUAAUAAAAGUGUUAAUAAGAAUAGUUGUAAGAGUAAGAAUUCCAUUUUAGAUAAUAUUAAUUUUGAUAAAAAUAAAAAUAAAAUAACAAAAAAAUAUACAGCUUUUAUUAUUGAUAAUAAUGAAUAUACUACUGAUUGUUCAAAUGAAGAGAAUAAUACAAGUGAUGAUGAAGAAAAUGAAAAUAGAAAAAAUGAAAAUGAUGAUGAUAAUAUUCCUGAACAUAUAAAAAUGAAUAAUAUUAUGAAUAGUCAACAAAAGAAAGAAAAUGAUUUUAAAAAUAUAAAUUUGUAUUUUCAAUUAACUAAUGUAAUUAAAAAAGUUAGUAUAAAUAAACUAGAAGGGAAUUUUUUUAAUUAUGAGGAAAAAGGGAAUUUAUUAGGUAGUAAUGUUUCAAAAAUAAAAAUGAAUGAAUUGUUAGAAUGUAAUGUUGGAGAGGAAAAUUUUUGUGAUGAUGAUCAAAAAUUUAGUGAUAAUAAAAAUUAUGCUUCAGAUGAUGAAGAAAAAAAAAAGAAAAAAAGAAAAAACCAAACGAGAUUUUAUAAUUAUCCUAAAAGGAUAAGUACAACAAAUAAUAAUAAAAAUGUGAAUGUUUUAGUAAAUUCAUUAAAUAAUAAUUUAAUAAAUAAGAAAGAAUAUUUUUUAAAUAUUAUUAUGAAUGAAAACAACGAUUUGUAUAUGAAAAAGAUUAAUGAAAAAUAUUUUCCAAAUUAUCAUCCCAAAAAAAGAAAAAAGAAAAAAUUAGAUAAUACAUCUUAUAUAAAUCAUAAUUAUAAUUAUAAUUAUCCUUAUAAUUAUAAUCUUUUGAGUAAUAAUUCCAAAUCAAGAAUUUUAAAAGUUGGUUGUCAUAAUAUUUUAAAUAUUGGUGAUAUAUUAAAAUAUGAUGGUGAUAAAAUAAUUUAUCCAUGUGGUUAUUUGAAUAUGAGAAUAUUUUAUAAUUUGCCAUCUUAUUACUUAUUUCAAAUUUAUAAAAAUGCCAAUAUUGAUGAUAUAAAUAGAAAGACCAAAUUAUUAGAAAAAAUAUUUUUACAACUAAGAGCCACAUAUAUUUUUUCUAUAACAUUAAGAGAACAAAAUUUCUUUUUUUCAAUUUUAUUGUUUCCUUUAAUAAAUAUAGAUUAUUUUUCAGAAUCUGAUGCUACGAACUUUAUUUUAGCAGAAGGUUAUAAUAUAAAUGAGGUUUAUAUGAAAUUUUUAUCAUUAUUUAAUUCACAAAAUUAUAUUUGUGAUGAUAUGAAUAAUGAUUAUUCUCACUAUAAUGCAAAAUAUGGAAACAUAUACAAAUGUUUGGAAACUUAUAUUUUAAAAUCGGUGGAACAUAAUAAAUUCAUAGAUUCCCAUACCUUUUUUGGAUUAACCUUACCAUGUGUAGUUUAUCAAAUUAAAUAUAAAUUGUUUAAAUAUAUGUAUAAACAUUUGAGUGAAAAAAUUAAAACUUAUAUUAAAAAAUCGAAGGACAGUGUUAUGAAAAAAAGGAUAAAGGGAUGUACGAGGGAAGUCGUAUAUAAUGACAACGUGCUUUGUAAAUAUUCCAAUUUGGAUACAACAAUAUUUAAGGAAAACGAAAAGGAAAAUGAAAAGAAUAUAAGGAAGACUGUUAAAUAUAAGUACAACAUUAACAGCGCAAUGUCUUACAGAUAUUUAAUGAAUAUUUCAUCUAAUUUAAGAUUAUAUGUUAAGAAGAGUUCAAUACAUGGAUAUGGACUAUAUACUUGUGAAUUUAUUAAUGAAGGGGAGCCCGUUAUUGAAUAUAUUGGUGAAUAUAUAAGAAACAUUAUAAGUGAUAAGAGAGAAAAGUAUUAUGACAAAAUAGAAAGUAGCUGUUAUAUGUUCAGAUUAAAUGAGAAUAUAAUUAUUGAUGCAACAAAAUGGGGAAAUGUCAGUAGAUUUAUAAAUCACAGUUGUGAGCCAAAUUGUUUUUGUAAAAUAGUUAGCUGUGAUCAAAAUUUGAAACACAUUGUAAUUUUUGCCAAAAGGGAUAUAGCAGCCCAUGAAGAAAUAACAUACGAUUAUCAGUUUGGUGUUGAAUCUGAAGGAAAAAAAUUGAUAUGUUUAUGUGGCUCAAGUACUUGUCUAGGAAGAAUGAAUUAA